AUGUCGCGCAAUAAUUACAAUGAUAUACUUAGUAGGCUCUGCCCUGGGGACUUGACAGCAGAGAGGCAAGAAACCUUGAGCCGUGAACGAGUAGGGAAGCUGGAAAACUGGUUUGUGGAAGACAGACUCACGCAAGAAUGGAUCAACGGCUCUGAUCUACAGCUUCUCUGGGCUUACGGACCGGCUGCAACGGGAAAGACAUAUAUCAGCUCCCUCAUUGUCGAUCACAUUCGCUCAAACGAGAGCCGGUCAGGAAUUGCAGUAUUCUAUUUUGAUGACAGCCGUCCCCAGUAUAAUGUUGCGGAUUUCGGUGUUGCAUUUCGUUCGAUAUCUAGACAGCUUGUGGCUCAGCACACUGACCCUUCUGCUGAUAUCAUCAAUCUAGCAGAGGGGUACGCUGCCUUUCACUCUCUAGAUGGAGGUAAACCUGCUGGCCUAUGGGACCGGAUUACCGCGUCUUUUGACUCGGUCUUCGUGGUAUUCGAUGCUGUUAAUGCCUCUGAAGCUGCACUGAAGGAUAUGUUCGUCUACCUCGGAGGCAACGAUUUUCAGGAUGCCCGUUUGCACAUUCUUAUAACCAGUCGCUAUCCGCCACCACGCUCACUUCUACGAACCUACGAACUGCCAACCAUAGUAACGAGGGCAAGCGACGAUGAUCUCAUGACUUACAUCAUGCACGAGUUAGGACGUGUAUCAGGCCAGGAACAGCUAUGCUCAAUGCCAGAAGACGUUCGUGAAACUAUGUCAGAUGUUAUGGAGAUGUUGGACGGGGUGUUUCCACCACUACCUCAACACAAAACUAUUCCAAAUGCAUUGAAUGAUCUAGCACAACUUCUAUAUAAUCAGCCAUUUUCAACGAAGCCCAACGCCCUUAGCCAGCUCGCAUUAGCUCAUUUAGCAAAAGCAGAGCACGGACAAAAUACCCUUCAAAUGCUCCACCUAGUCUCGACACUAGAAGAAAUGGGCUAUACGCCAACGAUAUUCCAGGUUGUAGACUCCCUACCUUUUCUCGGCAUACAUACAAAAGAGAACAUUCACUACACCUCUUCCGACGUGGCAAACAUGUGUACUCCAUUUGUCUCCUUUAGUACUCACACCGAAGCGAUGCGAAUCCGGUCCUCUCUUCUCCAGAACCAUUUGCGCCAAGAAGCCUCCAAAAGCAAUACCAAAAGGACAAUGCUCCGUGCCGCCCUGUCUUACCUAUCACAGGAGGAAUUUCAGAGUGGAGCCUGUAAUUCAUCAGCGAGUUUAAAGAAGCGAUUCCAAACCCAUCCGUUCCUUCCAUUCGCGGCACGGAUAAUCUCACUCUAUACCUCUAGAGUACCUAACCGACAGGAAGCUCUUGACGGCUUCCUACGAUUCGCAUCUCACCACGGCUCAAUUGACUCCUACCUCCAGGCAGCAGAUGCCUGGCCAUAUCAGGAUGAUGACAGCUAUGACGAGCUUGAAAGCGCUGAACAGCGCUGGGCGUAUUUCCCACGUGGUUAUACACCGCUCCAUACUGCUGCUCAUAUUGUAGGUGGACGUGUACUUGUCAAGGCUCUACUUCAACAGGGGGAGGAUAUCGAGGCAAAAUCAGGGAAUUGGCAGACGGCGUUACAUAUUGCUGCUGGGAUCGAGCAUGAGUCUGAAACGGUGAGAACUCUUCUUGAAUACGGAGCUAAUGUAUCAGCGGUUGAUGAUGAUGGAGAGACACCGCUAUCUAUUGCUGUUGUCGAGGGGGCUCUGGAGACGGUAAAGCUACUUGUGGAGUUUGGUGCUGAUGUUGGGAAUCUUGAUACGGCUAUACUUGUGGAAUGUGCUGAGGAGAGGAGGGAUAUUGUGGAGUAUUUGACAGGGCUGGGGGUGGACUUUCCGGAUGACGAUCCAAUGGAGGGGGAUAGGGAGACCUGA